AUGAACAGAAUGGGAAAUGAGAUUUUUAAGUUAUUUACAAUUGAAAGAAUAAAAACAGUUGAUCAAGAAUAUCAGAUGAUUAGAGAAAAGUCCAUCGAAUCAGAAAAGAAGCUAUUCUCAACACUACAAAAUAUUAUCAAACUCAAAAACAUACUUCAUGAAGCUGCUUUACUUCAAGUUGAGAUUUCUUAUUCAUUAUGUGAAAUGACUUUAAACAAUCUCAAAGCAACUCAACUGACUAACUCUAUUUUGAAUGCAUCACAGGAUAUUCUAACUCAACAAAAUCACUUCAAUUCAUUCAUCAAAAACAAUAUAGAAAUCCCUCUCCAUUCAUUUCUUAAUCAAUUCAGAAUGUUAAGUAGACGAGAUUGUGAGUUAGAAGAAAGAAGAAAGAAAAUGGAUAAAAUGAAACAACACCUAGUAAAGAAAAAGAGAAAGAAGUUAGCAUGUUCUUAUUUAAUUUCCAUCACCAAAAAAUAUCAAGAAAGUAAAGAAGAAUAUUUAGAAAUGAGAAACGAAUUAAAGAAUGAUAGAAACAUGCUUCUAAAACAUUCCAGAGAUAGCAG